AAGAAGAAAAUAAGCCUAGAUUUAUUAAAUUAGUCUUAUUAGAUAUUGCGAUUCAUUUGGUUUUUACAUCAGUUUAUACAGGACAAAUUGGAAAUCUGAUUGGAAUUACACCAUGGGUUGUAGUGCUAUCUAAUAGAAAUAAAGAUAAUGAAGAAUUAGAUGUUAUACAAUCAAUGGUUCAACAUUAUAAAAUUACUGUUGCUGGUAGAAAAAGUUUACUAACUCCUAUAAUUUCAAAAAUGAGAUUACAUUUUUUUCUCGUUAGAAUUUGUGAUAAAGAUUUGGCAAGAAAAAUACAAAAUGAUAUAACUCCUGAAGAAAUUCUUGUAGAUCUAGAUAAAUUGGAUGAACCAGAAUUGAAAGAUCAUUUUCAAAUCCUAGCUAAAUAUUAUAGAGAAAUUAAAUGUGAUAAAACAGGAUGUUUACUAAAAGACUAG